UUUUACUAUUUUGACAAUAAUCGGCCACCUAAAAACCACCUGCCCGGCAGAAAGCUUGUAACAACAACUAUAAAACACCAAUGGCGAAGAGGAUUCCACCAACGACGAGCUUCUCCAGGCUGAUCUUCGAUUCCAGUCGCAUCCACUUUCCGUCACCGUUCACCGUCGAGAGGCAUGAAGAACUACUUCCAGCACAACGGAUUCCGGGGGCGCCGGAUCAGGAGAAGAGUACUGCUGUCCUUAUUACCAUCACUCCUCGCCGCCGUCGCCGUCACCGGCUUACUUCUCCUCCCUCCGGCGUCCGUGAAUAUUCCUCCGUUGUCGCUGAUCAAGAACCGGGGUAUGGCUGAGCUUAACGAGAAGAAGCCGUGCGCUACAGUUGAGGAAAUGGGCCAGAGCUUCAGGGACGGACCCUGGAAAGAAAGCCUGAAACUCAGGCGGAUCAUUCGCCGGCACUUUCUCAUCAACGGUGCUUCAAGAGUGAAGGAUCUUCCACCGGAGGAAUUCUGCAGACACGGGUUCGUGCUUGGUAAAUCAUCAGAAGCAGGUUUUGGGAACGAGAUGUACAAGAUCUUAAAUGCUGCAGCUUUGAGCAUCAUGCUGAACCGCUCCUUGAUCAUUGGUCAAACCAGGAGUAAAUAUCCUUUUGGGGACUACAUAACCUACUCCAAUCAAACCUUCACCAUGGAUGAAGUCCAGAAUCUGUGGAGGCAGAAUGGCUGUGUGGAAAAAUAUGGAAGACAGUUGGUUGUAAGGAUUGACGAGUUCCUGAAGCCGGCCAAAACCAACGUCCUCUGCAGCAAUUGGAGGAAGUGGGAGCAGUCAAUUAUAUGGUUUCAGAACACAACCGAUGCCACUGCGAGCCAGUUCUUCCUGAAGAACGUGCACCCUGAGAUGAGAAGUGCUGCAGCUGAGUUAUUUGGACCUUCGGAGCAGCUCGAUUCUCGACCAAAUGUCUUCGGCGAGCUGAUGUCGUUUCUCAUUUCUCCGUCGCCAGAGGUGAAGGAGGCGGUGGACAUGGUGCUUGCUGGUGGCCCGGAUCCUGACAUCUCUUUGCAUAUGCGUAUGCUUAUGAAUAGGCCAGUGAGAGCAGUGCAGGCAGCGCUGAACUGUGUCAGGAAAGCGAUGCAUAACCUGCCAAAUCAGGGCAAACGCAGGCUGGUUUUGGUUUCGGAUACACCGUCUGUUCUACAAAGCCUUAUUGACGACAUAAGUCGAUUCGCAGAGGUUGUUCAUUUCGAUUAUGAAAAGUUCAAAGGAAAUAUGCCCUCUGUUGACCAUGACGACGACCAGAAUAUGAGUUUGAGAGUGAAGGAUUGGGGGCCGGCGCCGAGAUGGGUCGCGUUUGUGGAUUUCUUCCUCGCGGCGCGAGCUAAGCAUGCCGUCGUUUCUGGUGCUCACCGGCGGGUUGGGACGACUUAUGCUCAGCUGAUUGCAGCAUUUGCUGCAGCCAACCAGCUCGGGGAAAACAGAGCACAUCCGAGCUUCUCAUUCAUGAGCAGCUUCCAACGCACUCUGCUGUCUCACGGGUUGAGUCAUCAGAUCGGUUGGGGCCAUGCUUGGAACAGGUUCGGAGGUCCGUUGAGCUGCCGGAACCAGACCGACCAUCAAUGUGCUUUCACGCCGCUUUCUCCUCCGGCUUGGUGGGACGGCCCGUGGCAGUCCCCUAUCGCACGGGAUGUUCGACGGCUGUCCAUGUAUGGCGUCGGACUCUCCGGUUCCGGCGCCGUCGAUGAAGAUGGGCUCGUGUCAUUUUGUGGUUCAAGGAAACCCACUGUGAGAACCCUUCUGCUUGUAUAGUGAAUUCUGAAAAGGUCUAUAGCUGCUUCUCUAGAUCAAAUUUUUAUGGGUGAUGAUGAUGAUGGAAUUGGAGAUAUGUACCGUUUAAACAAUCCCCAAACAAUAAAUCGACAUAUAUCGAAUCAUACCCAAAUCAAUUGUGACAGCAGAACUCUAGGGGAUGGCAAAAAUAACAAUAUUCGUGGAUCUUUGUUCGAGCCCGACCUAAUUGAGCCGGUAUGGUAGACCCCAAACCUAAAAAAAUUUAAUGAGCAUGGGUAAAACUAGAACUCGAAUAUUGCGAGUUGACGAGUGGGCAUCGAGUUUUCACUAUCCAACUCAAACCGGCUCCACAAGAUGCAAGCAUAUGUACUUUGUUCAAAAAUUAUCAUUAAUUUUCACAUUAUAUCGGUAGAUCCAAGAACACGACUCACGGAGAAAGAAAAAAAAAGAGUCGGGAGAAAGAUACGUUAUCAUUAUAUUUUCUCGAUAUAUUUUAUAUUUAUUAAUUUUAUACAUAUAUAUAAGUAUCAUUUUAACUAAUUGUCUUUCUUAUGUUAAUUUGUUAUUCUAAUCUAUCAUUUAGGUAAUGUCAGAAUACAUAAAAUUGUUAACA